AUUUGCAAUACACAGAAUCUUACCCUUCAGAAACCAGGCGCUGCAUCAAGAUUUUUAAAGUGUCAUCUCAUCUGCUCUAACGAGUUAUAGCAUGUAAUCCUCACAGACGUAAAACAAACAUGGCACUAAAUGUCAUUCUCACGCCGGGUGUUUUUCUUUCUCAUCUUCAAUGCCAUUCUAUUGCAAAUGAUAAAAUUGGAAAUUCAAAUGUGCGUAUACCAUCUACAGCUACCCAAAACUCUCCUGUUGCCCUUGGAAGCAAAAUUUCUGCUCGUUCUGCUGUCUCUGCAACCGACCAACUACCUAAACUUCAGUUUUUUGUGGAUCAUCUACGGGAUUGUGCAAGAGAAGGAUCAAUAAGAGAAGGAAAAGUAAUUCACGCUUUGGUUUUAAAAUCCAGUUUUGACGAAAAGAAAACAAUAGUUCUCCUCAAUCAUGUGGCUGAUAUGUACUCAAAAUGCUCAGAUUUCGCUGCGGCUCGUGUGGUAUUUGAUAAAAUGCCUCAGAAAAACGUAUUCUCUUGGACGGUCAUGAUUGUUGGUUCAACGGAGAACAGGCAAUUUGAUGAUGGGCUUACAUUCUUCCGAGAGAUGCAGGGUUGUGGAAUUCUUCCAGACAAAUUUACUUAUUCCGCCGUCAUUCAAUCAUGUAUAGGGCUGAAUUGCAUUGAAUUGUGUGAAAUGGUGCAUGCCCAAAUUAUCAAGAAAGGCUUUUUGGCUCACAUUUUCGUUACUACUUCUCUACUCAACAUGUACUCGAAAUUAGGGAAGAUCGAAGAUUCAGUUCUGAUGUUUAAUACCAUGGCCGAGCACAACCAAGUUUCAUGGAAUGCGAUUAUAUCAGGCUUUAUAUCGAAUGGUCUUCAUGCAGAAGCGUUCAACCAGUUUCUGGCAAUGAAAAGUGAAGGCACAGAACCAAAUUCAUCUACGUUUGGUAGCGUCUUGAAAGCUGUUGCGAAGUUGGGUGAUGUCAGCAAGGGCAGAGAAGUGCACAACCAUAUAACUGAAUUGGGCAUGGAGUCUAAUGUUCUUGUGGGGACUGCACUCAUCGACAUGUACUCAAAUUGUGGCUGCUUGCCUGAUGCAAGAAAUGUAUUUGAUAAGAAUUUUACAGAUUGUCGAGUAAAUAUGCCAUGGAAUGCUCUGGUUUCCGGCUAUUCUCAAUGUGGUUGUAGCCAAGAGGCCUUAGAACUCUUCAUUGGGAUGUGUCUUAAUGGUGUGGAAUCAGACCUUUUCACAUAUGGUAGUGUGUUCAAAGCAAUUGCAGCUGUGAAGUAUUUGCAAUUUGGGAGGCAAGUGCAUGGGAAGGUUCUAAAGUUGGGGUAUGAUUCAAAAGCUUUAAAUGUGAAUAAUGCGAUUGCAGAUGCAUAUUCCAAAUGUGGUUCCCUUGAGGAUGCGAGAAAAGUUUUUGAAAGCAUGGAAACAAAGGAUUUGAUCUCCUGGACUACUAUGUUGACUGCUUAUGUCCAGUGUUCAGAAGGGGAAAAAGCACUAAACAUCUUCUCACAGAUGAGGAACGAAGGAUUUACACCUAAUGAGUUCUCAUUUGCCAGCAUCCUUGUAGGCUGUGCUAGUCUUUGUUUGCUUGAUUGUGGUCAACAACUUCAUGGACUCCUGUGUAAGUCAGGACUGGAAGAUCAUGAAUGCGUUGAGAGUGCUCUGAUUGACAUGUAUGCAAAAUGUGGCAACAUAAUAGAAGCCGAGAAAGUUUUCAGGGGAAUUGAUAGGCCUGAUGUUGUUUCAUGGACUGCAAUAAUAUCAGCCUACGCUCACCAUGGUUUAACAAGAAAUGCCCUUGAACUCUUUCAGACGAUGGAAGCAUCGGGUAUCAAGGCUAAUACCGUUACUCUUUUAUGUGUGUUGUUUGCUUGUAGUCAUGGAGGGAUGGUAGACGAAGGCAUCCAUUAUUUCCAAUCAAUGGAAGAAAGAUAUGGCUUGGUGCCCGAAAUGGAGCACUACGCAUGUAUCGUUGAUCUCUUGGGUCGUGUAGGCCGUCUCAAUGAUGCAAUGGAGUUCAUCAACAGUAUGCCAAUUGAGCCAACAGAUAUGGUUUGGCAGACCUUGUUAGGUGCAUGUAGGGUUCACAGAAAUGUUGAAUUGGGAGAGCUAGCAGCCAAGAAAAUCAUCUCAGUGAGGCCUGAGCACUCGGCAACUUACGUGCUUCUAGCAAGCACAUAUAUCGAAAUGGGUAGUCUAGAAGACGGGCUUAGUUUAAGAAAUAUGAUGAAAGACAGGAGUGUGCGGAAAGAACCAGGAUUUAGUUGGAUAUCUGUGAAAGGUAGAGUCCAUAAAUUUUUUGCUGGAGAUCAACAUCACCCUCAGAAGGAAGACAUAUAUUCCAAGUUAGAUGAACUGUGGGACAAGAUGAAGGCCAUGGGUUAUGUACCAGACUUAAGAUACAUAUUGCAAGAAGCAGGGGAGUGAGAAUGAUUUGUCAUACAUGCAACAAAGCAUAUGUAUCAAUGUUGUUAUUACUCCAUUUUUUCAUGGGAACAUAACAAAAUAUUGUACCACAAUUGGCCUGGUGAUGCUCUUUGGU